AUGAGUGCUAGAUACGAAGGUACAUCAAAUUUAUCAUCCUCAAGCUCUGAAGAUGAUGAUAUAUUUGAAGCACACAGAAGGCUUAUCACUCAAGCGAUCUACGGAAACAAUCAGAAAAGAGACGGAGUUGGAAAACUUGGUUUGUCAGGUUUACAAAAAAUGACAGUUGCAUUUCGAAUAUUGACAUAUGGUGUACCGGCAGACGCUACUGAUGAGUACAUCAAAAUAGGAGAAUCAACUUCCAUAGAAAGUGUGAAAAGAUUUUGCCGUACUGUUGUUGAAGUAUUUGGAGGACAGUACCUACGAUCACCCAAUGCUAAUGAUGUUGCCAGACUUCUUCAUAUUGGUGAGCAUCAUGGUUUUCCUGGUAUUGCUCCCCCUACUCGUCAUGUCAUUCAAGGAAAAGAGUACAAUAUGGGUUACUAUUUAGCUGAUGAUAUAUACCCAAAAUGGUCUACACUUGUUCAAAUAAUUCAAGAUCCACGCGGACCUUCACGUUUUUGGCAGAAAAAUAUUUUUCAUGAUAUAAUGACUUCAUGUAUUAUUAUGCAUAAUAUGAUAAUUGAAAAUGAGCGCGAUAUGAAUACCUCAAUUGUUGAUCAAGAUAAAGUCUCGUCGGCUGCAGAUGUUGAUACAACAGUAGAUGACAAUACCCGAUUUCAAAAGUUUCUUGCUAGAUAUGAAGGAAUCAAAAAUAAAAAUGUUCACUUUGCCCUUAGAAAUACAUUAAUUGAGCAUUUGUGGGAGCAAUUUGGUAAUUCUGAUAAUUAA